AACAGGUAGGACAUAGAUGAUAAAGAAAUCUCGGGCUCGACAUUGUGAAAAAAAUCUUACAGAUAUUGUGUUUCCCACUGCUUGCAAGCUCUCGUCGCAGACUCUGCUUCUUUGCCUGCACCUGCGAAUUGGAGAAAAGGAUUGGAGGCUGCCUUUCUGGAUGCUAUUUCAGUUAAAACUAAUAAUCAUGAGGGCCUGCGCAGUCGCUGUCCUACUAGUCACUCUCACACACAUUGCUGUAGACGCCGGUUUCCUUACGUCGUUGCUAACGGGGUCAUCAAUGCUACGGAAACCGAGUCUACCUAAGCUGCCGAAACUUCCCAGGCCGUUGCAAAAAGUGGGUAUGCUGGCGAAAGAACAACACAUCGACCCGCACAUCGACUACAAAAUUGAUGUCAUGUUGGAUUUCGCUCCGACCCCCGAUGAUGCAACUAACACAGCAGGACCAUCAAAAGGAUAUAAUGGUACUGGCAUCUCGGGUGCCCCACGUUUCAAAGCUGGUAUGGGCAUCCUAUUGAAGUGCGGUGAGUGCAGCUGCACGUUUCCUUUAGAAAUAAACUAUUAUGGACCACAAAAGGGCUGCACUACAGAAGUGAGAAACUUUACUUGUUCUUGCAAAACGAAAAACUGCUAUAUGGACCACAUUAAGAAGUGCCUAGAAAAUAUGGCUUCCGGAAAAUGUCAGUCAGAAGGACUGCGAUCCUAUUGCCUCUAAUCGCGCAAUAAAGGCCUGGUUAUCAAGCUCUG